AUUAGCGCUUAGCUGAGCAAGUGUAGACAGAAGACAACAACAACAGCAUGAUCCCAGCUAAAUGCCAGGCUGAAGAACUGCUAGGCCAGCAAUGGACCCCGAAAACAAGUAUCAAUGCAUGGCAACAAAUGUGCGGAUAUUGCUGACUGUUGAUCUGGUUCGAUGAGGACGCUGAUUUUAUUGCUACACGUACUUUGAGGUGACCAUUUCUUUCAAGUGUUUUAAAAUAUACUGCUGCUGAGUAUCUAUGAGCGAGCGUCUUCCGGCGGUAGCAGCAGCGGUGCCAUGAAUAGUGGACUCCCAGCUUCAGCUGCUGCGCUCGGGGGUGUCGGGAUACCCGGUGUGAAGGUGAAAUUUUGCCGUUACUACGCGAAAGACAAGACUUGUUUUUACGGAGAUGAAUGCCAGUUUCUGCACGAGGAGCCGUCUAUGGGAAGCCUUUCUCUGCACGGUGGCGCUGGCACUGGAGGAGGCAGCCCCGUGUCUUUAUCUUUAGCGGGUGGACCAGUGACGGCGGCAGUUUUUUCGCUUGGAGGCGGCGCGGGGAGUGGAGCUCCAGCAAGUGUUCCCAAAAAGGUCGAUUCACUCGGUCCCGCAGGAACGGCUUUGGAGGGACCGCUAUUGUCUAUCCCUGGUAUGGAGGGAGGUGCUCUAAAUGAUGCUAGUCUCACCAACUCAUACUUCAGCAGCACGUUUAUUGGGGUCAAUGGGUUUGGAGGCCCACCAGAGUCCAAGUAUUCAAUGAUGCAGAGGAUGACUACUAGUAGCAGUUCACCAAGUCUGCUAAAUGAUGGUGCCAAGAGCUAUAGCCACAGCACUCAUGAUCCUGUAAAUUCCCCGACAUCAUCUCUCUUCAGUGAUUUUGGUGCUUUGAGCCUAUCGCAGAGGAGAAAGGCACCUAACCCUGCAGCCAGCGAGUUUGUCCCUAAAGGGGCCCCACGUAUGGCCUCCAUGUCUCAAACGACUGUACCAGCAUUUGCUUCCCCCAUCUUCCCUCAUCCUGGCCUGAGCAGCUCCACUGCGGCUGCUCUCGCACCUGGUAUGUCCCUUUCUGCCGGGUCAUCUCCUCUGCACUCCCCUAAAAUCACCCCGCACACUUCCCCGGCCCCGAGGCGACGCAGCCACACACCCAAUCCAAACCCAGCCAAUUACAUGGUGCCCACCACUGCGUCUGAUCAGGGGGGCGGAGCUCACAUCAUUCAGAAGGAGACUGUUGGCGGAACCACCUACUUUUAUACUGAUAACACCCCCGCUCCAUUAGCGGGAAUGGUGUUUCCAACGUAUCACAUGUACCCACAAACAGCACCUCACGUGGCCUACAUGCAGCCGAAAGCCAAUGCGCCAUCCUUCUUUAUGGCUGACGAACUCCGACAGGAGCUGAUAAACAGACAUUUGAUAACAAUGGCUCAGAUUGAUCAGUCUGAGAACCCUGGAGUGCCAUCUGAGUUGGACAGUUACCACAGCCUCUUUCCCCUGGAACCCCCUCCACCUAACCGUCUUCAGAAAACCAGCAAUUUCAGUUACAUCACUUCCUGUUACAAGGCAGUCAACAGCAAAGAUGACCUGCCUUACUGCCUCAGGAGGAUACAUGGGUUCAGAUUGGUGAACACCAAGUGUAUGAUGCUGGUAGACAUGUGGAAGAAGAUUCAGCACUCCAACACUGUGACCCUCAGAGAGGUCUUCACCACCAAAGCAUUUGGAGACCACUCGCUCGUAUUCUCCUAUGACUUCCACGCGGGUGCAGAGACCAUGUUUAGCAGGCACUUCAACGAUCCUGCUGCAGAUUCGUAUUUUACGAAGAGAAAGUGGGGGCAACAUGAGCUUCCUCCUCCGCGGCAACAUGCGGGUCUGUUACCCGAGUCUCUCAUCUGGGCUUACAUCGUCCAGCUGAGCUCAGCGCUCCGCACCAUUCACACAGCAGGCCUGGCCUGCAGGGUCAUGGACCCCAGUAAAAUCCUCAUCACUGGAAAGACACGGUUACGUGUCAACUGUGUAGGAAUGUUUGAUGUCUUAACAUUUGACAAUAGUCAGACCAACCACCUGGCGCUUAUGCCCCAGUACCAGCAAGCGGAUCUGAUCUCUCUGGGGAAGGUUGUGUUGGCCCUCGCGUGUAACUCUCUAGCUGGAAUACAGAGAGAGAAUCUUCAGAAAGCCAUGGAGCUGGUGUCCAUCAACUACUCUUCUGACCUCAAGAACCUCAUUCUGUACCUGCUCUCAGAACAGAGCCGUCUGCGAAGCGUCAAUGACAUAAUGCCCAUGAUCGGAGCGCGGUUUUACACUCAGCUGGAUGCCUCGCAAAUGAGAAAUGAUGUCAUUGAAGAAGAUUUGGCUAAGGAAGUGCAAAAUGGGCGAUUGUUUCGCUUACUGGCAAAACUGGGGACCAUCAACGAGAGACCGGAGUUCCAGAAAGAUCCAACAUGGUCUGAGACUGGUGACCGUUAUCUGCUGAAGCUCUUCAGAGAUCACCUGUUCCACCAGGUGACUGAGACGGGCACGCCUUGGGUCGACCUUAGCCACAUCGUGUCCUGUCUCAACAAGCUGGAUGCCGGAGUGCCUGAGAAGAUCAGCCUGGUGUCACGGGAUGAGAAGAGCGUACUCGUGGUGACCUACUCGGACCUGAAGCGGUGCUUUGAAAGCACUUUCCAGGAACUGCUGGCCACCGCUAACGGUCCACUGUAGCGCUCGUGCGUCCCCGCGGGAGCGUGCUGGAACUGCCUGAACUAAAGAGCACAUUGCACUACAGCCUGGAACUAUAGGUGCAGAAUGAUUAUCUCACGACCAGGGCGGAGCCAGCUGGUAGCUCACCUCCAGUCAGAUACACUGUUCUGUCCAGAAGAGUUUUUUUCUAAAGCUUAUUUUUUUAGUUUUCACAAAACGCCGCAGCUGCAGAAUUAUGAACUGUACUGAAAGCUGUGAUAUAAUUUUUUUAGACUUGGGAACAACAUAGAAAAUAAGAGACUUCCUGCUUUUAUUUUUAAUUUUUUUAUUUUUUCUCUGGAGGAUGCACUAAAUAUUUUAAGUUCCUUUUUAAGUGAUUGUGCGUGCGUGUCCCACAGGGUGCAUUGAGGACUGUGGCUUCACACGUGAGGAGGGAAUGGAAGAAGUUCACUAGAAAAAUGAAGCAUCUUUUUCUACAUCUUUACAUUUUAAUGAGGUACUACAAGUUGGGACAGACCACUGGUCAGUGCGUGGGGGUUCCUCACCUGAAUCUUUUUGCUUCGACUCUCACAUAGUUGGGACAAACCACUGGGUUUGUUAAUGAGGGGUGAGACGGACCACCUAUGAAUGUGUGGCAUGAGUAUUAUAGGGCCACUCUUCUCAUGCUGUAAUGACUCUUUCAAAAGUCAGCCAUUUUUGGAGGUGGCGGGUGUGCUACUGGUUUUGUGCGGGGUGGGUGUUUUGGGGGAAUUUAACAUCCAUUGCAGGCGCUGACAAAGAGGUGCUUUUCUCCUCUUGCUAUGUAGAAUCGUUUUAUUUCAGUUUUGCAACAUCCUUAUUCUUUUUAUGGAUGCUUUGGAAAUAAGAUGCAAAAUCGAAAUUUAAGGAUGGAUUUAUGUUGUAUUUUUAGUCAGGGUCUCGUGAUAGGAACCAAAGAACUGGACCACACUAGCAAGGGAAACCAGUUCAGUCUCAUUGUGAAAUGCCUCUUUUGUAGAGGAUCAAAAAAUUCUGUCCAUUUCUUUUUUUCUCUCUCUCACUUUCCUUAUUUUUUCAUAAUUUGUUCACUACCUUGGCCCUUUACUGGUCUCCACACUGGUAUCGGUUUGAAUAGUGAAUCUCAGUAGAGCUAUUUUGUGUGUUACUGUUACUAUUCCCUCACCAAAUUGUUGUACAGAGAUGCAUUAUGGGAUGUUUGGAAUAUCACCUCACUAGUGUAGUCUCUUGUGCAAACCCAGCUGGAUUGAAUGGGGGAUUCUGGGCUGUAUUUCGGAUGUCUCCAAGAAUUAUUUUGCCUAUGUGAUGGCACCCACGAAGCAGCUACAAUUCAAUCUCUGAUCUGGAAAACAGUUUUGAAUUUGCUCAGGUUGAACACUUGACCGGUUUAGGCCAAUGAUUGAAUGUGUCUGAUCUGUCAUUGGUGAAUCAAACUGCGGUGAAGAGGGCGGGACCUGCAGUACAGGACACAGAAAGACAGAGCUGCAGUAAGGAUGCUGUGAUUAAAUGUACUAUGGAUUAUCUUAUUUGUCUUCUUUUAGUAAACAGAUCAGUCGGUAAAUAACUUGAACUUGGUGCCAAGCCCCUCUCAAUAGCAGAAACGCGCACACGUACCAUUUACAUUUAAAGCCAGUAUUGGCUCAUAUCAUGUAUUCGGUUUUCAGAUGGAUGCACUCCAAUCGUAGACUUAAACACACAGAAAAUCAUCAUCCUCCACCAUCUCAGUAAAGUUUUAUGCCCUUGUGUUUAUUGUCACAUUUUUGCAAUAUUUGUGUGUACAGCAGUAUUUUAAUAAAGAGUAAUAAAAGUUAA